GGGUUUCCGGUAUCAUUUCCUUCUAUCAUCAUAGAUUUUCGCUUCUGGUACUCACUUCAUUCACUUGUACAGUUGUACUUGCAGAUGGUUGGUUGUUAGUAUCGUCUUUUCUCCGAUACUUGCAGAGAAGGGGAGAGCUUCCAUGGCGUUUGCUCUGAGUUCCUCGCUCAACAUGUCAUCGUCGGCUUCAACAGCUACGAUGACAGCCAAUGCUGCUCUCGCUAAUACCUCCACAUCUUCUUCUCUCCUCUCCCCCGCUUCACCUUCGCUUUCGAGCCUCGUCACGUUAAAAGUUACUCGCAGACCAUCAUCUCCAUCUGUCGUCAGAGCAUCUUCAUCAUUUUCUACUGCAGUGGCAGAGCCUGAAGGCAUCAAGGUCACUUCGGUGCCCACUAGGCCGAUUGAAGGGCAAAAGACUGGAACGAGCGGUCUGAGGAAGAAGGUGAAAGUUUUCAUGCAAGAGAAUUACCUUGCAAACUGGAUCCAGGCGUUGUUUAAUUCCUUGCCACCGGAGGAUUUCAAGAAUGGAUUACUGGUAUUGGGAGGUGAUGGUCGAUACUUUAACCGAGAAGCUGCACAGAUAAUCAUCAAAAUUGCCGCAGGGAAUGGUGUUGGGAAAAUUCUAGUUGGCAGAGAGGGUAUAAUGUCAACACCAGCUGUUUCGGCUGUAAUUCGGAAAAGGAAGGCCAAUGGUGGUUUUAUAAUGAGUGCAAGCCACAAUCCUGGUGGACCUGAAUAUGAUUGGGGUGUCAAGUUCAAUUAUAACAGUGGGCAGCCUGCACCAGAGUCCAUUACUAACAAGAUAUAUGGAAACACUCUUUCUAUUUCUGAAAUUAAAAUGGCAGAAAUUCCAGAUGUUGAUCUAUGUUGUUUAGGGGUUACAGCGUAUGGAAACUUCAGUGUGGAAGUAAUCGACCCAGUUUCUGACUAUUUGGAACUAAUGGAGAAUGUGUUUGAUUUUCAGCUUAUUAGAGGUCUUCUCUGUCGAUCAGAUUUCAGGUUUAUAUUUGAUGCAAUGCAUGCAGUUACUGGUGCCUAUGCAAAACCUAUCUUUGUGGAUGGGCUAGGAGCCAAUCCAGAUUCAAUUGCUAAUGGAGUGCCAUUAGAAGAUUUUGGCCAUGGCCAUCCGGAUCCUAAUCUUACGUAUGCCAAGGAUUUGGUUGAUGUCAUGUAUGCCAAGAAUGGACCUGAUUUUGGAGCCGCUAGUGAUGGGGAUGGUGACAGAAAUAUGAUUCUUGGAAGAAGCUUCUUUGUUACUCCCUCAGACUCGGUUGCAAUUAUUGCAGCCAAUUCACAGGCAGCAAUCCCUUAUUUUAAGAAUGGUCCCAAGGGUCUAGCUCGGUCUAUGCCAACUAGUGGUGCUCUUGAUCGUGUUUCUGAGAAGUUGAAUCUUCCUUUCUUUGAGGUACCUACUGGUUGGAAAUUUUUUGGGAAUCUAAUGGAUGCGGGAACAUUGUCUAUUUGUGGGGAAGAAAGUUUUGGCACAGGUUCUGAUCACAUCCGUGAGAAGGAUGGCAUAUGGGCUAUAUUAGCUUGGCUUUCAAUCCUUGCAUACCGUAAUAAGGACAAGAAAGUUGGAGAGAAACUGGUUUCUGUUUCUGAUAUUGUUAAGGAGCAUUGGGCAACUUAUGGAAGGAACUUCUUUUCUAGAUAUGACUAUGAGGAAUGUGAAUCUGAAGGGGCCAAUAAGAUGAUAGAGUAUCUUAGAGAUUUGGUAUCUAGGAGUAAGGCAGGUGAAAAGUAUGGAAGCUACAUCCUUCAAUUUGCGGAUGACUUUGAGUAUACAGAUCCUGUGGAUGGAAGUAUAGUAACCAAGCAAGGCAUUCGGUUUGUUUUUACAGAUGGAUCAAGGAUCAUAUUUCGUUUAUCGGGAACUGGUUCUGCAGGUGCAACUGUUCGAAUUUAUGUUGAACAGUUUGAGCCAGAUGUAUCAAAGCACAACAUGGAUGCUCAAACAGCACUGAAACCACUGAUAGAUCUGGCAUUGUCGAUUUCGAAGCUGAAGGAGUUCACUGGAAGGGAGAAGCCUACAGUUAUCACAUAAAGCAUUGCCUGCCACUGUUACCUCAUGUAAUUCGUGUCACUAAUGCUUAUGUUAAAGUCGGGCAUUUUAUUUUUAUCUAGCUUUCUUGGUAUAUUCUUUUGUUCCAUUUUGAUGCAGCACAUCUGGCUUUGCUUGAAAGUAAGCUAUAUGAAAAAGGGGAAAGAAAACCUAAAAA